UUUCCUGUCAACAUGGCGCCGUGUGCUUCAGAUCCAGUGUAACUGUUUCAGUUCAUCAGAGAUAACGGCCCGCUGAGCUAUUCUGUGUCCACGUUACACUUAGUGGGGGGCUUUAGGGCGUCUGGUGUGGCGUCACCCUGAGGCAGGGGACCUGUGUCGGUGUAGGCUCUAUGGACGAGUAGGACCGAAGUGAUAGACUGUAUCCACCGGGAUGGACGUGGAGGAAGAGCACAUGACGACGCUGCUGUGCAUGGGCUUCUCGGAGCCCGCCGCCAUCCGCAAGGCGCUCCGUAUGGCCAAGAACGACAUUAAUGAGGCGGUGGCCCUCCUCACGAACGAGAGCCCUGGCCUCGGCUACGAGCCUAUGGAGAGUGGCGACCGCCAAGUGGGCGGCAGUGGCGGAGGAGGCGGAGGGGGCGGCGGUGGAGGGACCGGUUCCCGCGGUGGUGGUGGAGGGAAUGGAGGUGGAGGAGACUACAGCCGGAGUGGGUUUGAUCCGCCACCCGCUUAUGACGAGGUGGUAGAGGUGGAGAGGAGCAAUGAUGAGAAUGGAAACUGUUCAGGGACCAUUGAAUUUCCAACCACAAAUCUGUAUGAAUUGGAAAGUCGAGUGUUCACUGAUCACUGGUCUAUCCCUUACAAACGUGAAGAAUCACUGGGCAAGUGCCUGAUAGCAUCCACGUGCCUAGCACGGCUUGGUCUUGCUGAUGCUGAUGAAAAUUGUAAACGAUUUACAGACCGAUGUAUGCCAGAAGCUUUUAAAAAGUUAUUAACUUCGAGUGCUGUCCAUAAAUGGGGUACUGAAAUCCACGAGGGAAUUUACAACAUGGUGAUGCUUUUAGUGGAUCUGGUUGCAGCACGAGUCAAACAAGACCCAAUUCCGAUCAGCCUUAUGGGAGUACUCACUAUGGCCUUCAAUCCAGGUAAUGAGUAUCAUUUCAAGAACCGAAUGAAAAUGUGCCAGAGAAAUUGGGCAGAUGUUUUUGGAGAUGGCAAAAUGUAUGCCAUCUCACCACCAGCCAAUUUACAGAAGGAACCUCAUGGCUGGCUCAUAGAUCUGGUUAAUCGGUUUGGUGAGAUGGGUGGGUUUUCAGCAAUCCAGCUUAAGCUUGGCGCAGAGGAUAUAGAAACUGCAGCUGUAUCGGCACUGGUGCAGCCUUUGAGUGUCUGUGCUGAAUAUCUAAAUCCCAUGGUGGUACAGCCCAUGCUGGACCCUGUCAUCGAUAAAAUGAUUAGAUAUGUACAAAGUUUAGAAGAAAAAGAUCUGAAAGACAAGAGAUUGGUGACCAUUCCAGAGCUGCUCUCUGCCAUCAAACUGUUGUGCAUGCGCUUUCAGCCUGCAUUGGUAACUGUGGUUGAUGACCUCCGAUUAGACAUCCUCUUACGUAUGUUGAAAACUCCUCAUUUUAGUGCAAAAAUGAAUUCAUUAAAAGAGGUUACUAAAUUGAUUGAGGACAGUACCUUAUCAAAGUCUGUGAAGAAUGCAAUUGAUACAGACCGAUUAUUAGACUGGCUAGUGGAAAAUUCUGUACUGUCAAUAGCACUUGAAGGAAAUAUUGAUCAAGCACAAUACUGUGAUAGAAUAAAGGGAAUAAUUGAACUGCUGGGCAGUAAACUCUCUCUAGAUGAACUUACCAAGAUUUGGCGCAUUCAGUCAGGACAAUCUUCAACUGUCAUUGAAAAUAUUCAUACCAUUAUUGCUGCUGCUGCUGCCAAGUUCAACUAUGAUCAACUGAACCAUCUCUUUAUCUUAAUACAGAAGAGUUGGGAAAUUGAGAGUGACCGUAUUAGACAAAAACUUCUCAGCCUUAUAGGAAAAAUUGGUCGUGAAGCACGUUCUGAGAAUACCACAGGAAAGGUGUUGGAAGUGCUUUGGGACCUUGCCCAUUUACCAGCACUUCCCACUAACUUGGUCCAGCCAGCACUGGAAGAGCACCUGACUAUACUCAGUGAAGCUUAUGCAGUAAAGGAGCAAAUCAAGCGAAGCUACAUUAUUAAAUGUAUAGAAGACAUUAAAAAGUCCUCCCAGCAAAAUAACCAGCAACCAGUAUGGGUGGUUCCAGCAUUGCGGCAACUUCACGAGAUUACCAGGUCCUUCAUCAAACAAAGCUGUCAGAAACAAGAUAAGAGCAUUGUGCAGGACUUGAAGAAGAACUUUGAAAUCGUGAAAUUAGUUACAGGGAGCCUUGUAGCUUGCCAUCGACUAGCACUUUCUGCAGCUGGUCCAGGAGGCCUGACAGGAUCAACAAUCGUAGAUGGCAGAUACACCCAUCAAGAUUACCUGGAAGCACACCUGAGGUUCCUUGCAUUUUUUCUUCAAGAAGCCAGCCUUUACAUUGGCUGGAAUCGUGCCAAGGAGAUUUGGGAGUGCCUGGUGUCUGGGGCAGAUAUCUGUGAACUCGAUCGAGAGUUGUGCUUUGAAUGGUUUACCAAAGGACAUGGAGACUUGGAGAGUGAUGUUCAACAACAGCUUUUUAAAGAGAAAAUCCUCAAACUGGAACCCUAUGAAAUCACUAUGAAUGGUUUUAAUCUCUUCAAAACUUUUUUUGAAAUUGUAAAUCUUUCUGAUCAUCGACUGAAAAAACAAGGUGCUCAGCUGCAUGUUGAAAAAUUGGAGCUAUCAGGAAUGGAUUUUAUCUGGAGAAUUGCCAUGGAGUCACCAGAUGAAGAAAUUGCCCAUGAGGCGAUCCAGCUGAUCAUUAAUUACAGCUACAUUAGUCUGAAUCCACGUUUGAAAAAGGACUCUGUUUCCCUUCAUAAGAAAUUCAUAGCCGAUUGUUACAAACGUUUGGAAGUCGCUAGUUCAGCUUUAGGAGGUCCUACCUUGACACAUGCUGUUACAAGAGCAACUAAAAUGUUAACAGCUACAGCCAUGCCCACUGUUGCUACAUCGGUACAGUCACCAUCCAGGUCCAGUAAACUUGUCAUAAUUGAACGGUUGCUGCUGCUUGCUGAAAGAUAUGUGAUUACAAUAGAGGAUCUGUACUCUGUUCCCCGGACCAUCCUACCUCAUGGAGCUUCUUUCCAUGGACAUCCUGUUACUAUCUCGGUUAUUUGUGAGUCCACAAAAGAUUCAUUUACUAUUGAGGCUCACAGCAACGAAACUGUUGGCAGUGUCAGGUGGAAGAUGGCGGCACAUAUCAACUGUCCAUUGGAUAACUUACAAAUAUUUGCCAAUGAUAGCUUGCUCACCAUGAACAAAGAUCAAAAGUUGCUUCACCAGUUGGGGUUUGCAGAUGAGCAAAUACUGACUGUAAAGAUGCCCGUAAUGGGUACACCUUCGGGAAGUUCAGUUGACUCAUCCACUAGUAGUAGUGUAUUCAAUUCAGCAUAUGCCAUGGAACAGGAGAAAUCACUGCCUGGUGUUGUGAUGGCACUCGUGUGUAAUGUGUUUGAUAUGCUUUAUCAGCUUGCCAAUCUUGAAGAACCAAGGAUAACGGUGCGUGUUAGAAAGUUGCUGCUGUUGGUUCCAACUGAUCCAGCCAUUCAGGAAGCACUGGAUACACUUGAUGCUUUAGGUAGAAAACAGAAAACAUUGUUGACUGAUUCAAGUCACCAAACUUCCAAGUCACCUUCACUUUCUUCAAAGCAACAGCAUCAGCCAAGUGCAAAUACUAUUCUGGAGAGCCUGUUCAGAUCGUCGGCACCGGGAAUGUCCACCUUCAGAGUACUUUAUAACCUAGAGGUUCUCAGUUCCAAGCUGAUGCCUACGUCAGAUGAUGAGAUGGCAAGGAACUGUGCAAAAUCUUUCUGUGAAAAUUUUCUAAAAGCAGGAGGUUUAAGUUUGGUGGUGAAUGUUAUGCAGCGGGAUUCCAUUCCAUCUGAAGUGGAUUAUGAGACAAGACAGGGAGUUUAUUCAAUCUGUCUGCAGCUUGCAAGGUUUCUGCUAGUUGGCCAGACCAUGCCGCCUACAUUAGACGAUGAUUUCCUGAAAGAUGGAAUGGAAGCAUUGUCCUCGCGUCCAUUUCGCAAUGUUAGUCGUCAGACCAGUCGGCAGCUAUCGAUGUGUGGUGGGCAAGAAAAAUCAACAAUGAGACAGAUGAGUGUGACUUCAGAUCGGUCGUCAAUAAGAAUUGAGGAGAUAAUACCUGCAGCCAGAGUGGCAAUACAGACAAUGGAUGUGAAUGAUUUCACCUCAACAGUGGCCUGCUUCAUGAGACUGACAUGGGCAGCAGCAGCUGGGCGUCUUGACCUGGUGGGGAGCUGCCAGCCAAUUCGAGAGAGUACCAAUUGUUUAUUUUCUGUUGGUAUUCGAAAUAGACUCAGCAGUUCAGGCAGCACUUGCAGUACUGGAAGUGAGGGUGAAUCGACCACGCUACAUGCAGGCAUAUGUGUGAAGCAGCAUUCUGUCUCCACCAAAGAUACUCUUAUUGCUCGAGAGGCCCUAUCACUUCUGGUUACAUGUUUACAGCUGCGGUGCCAGCAACUAGGUUCGUUUUAUAUUCUUCCUUGUGUGAGUGAUUUUAUCAUAGAUAUUCUGCUUGGAUCCCCCAGUGCUGAGAUCAGAAGGGUCGCCUGGGAUCAGUUGUAUACACUGAGUCAAACGGAUACCUCUGCAAACCCAGAAAUACAGAAACCUAAUCAGUUCCUUCUGCAUGUCAUCCUCACAACACAGCUUCCACUCUGGUCCCCAACCAGCAUCAUGCGUGGAGUCAACCAAAGGCUGUUAUCCCAAUGUACUGAAUAUUUUGGCUUGCGUUGCCAGUUAUUGGAUGACUUAACAUCUUCAGAAAUGGAACAGCUUCGUAUUAGCCCUGCUGCGAUGUUGGAAGAUGAAGUUAACUGGCUUGACAACUUUGAGCCUACGUGGACGGCUGAAUCAGAGACGAGCGAGUCAGAUAAUGUUCUGCUUGCGGGACAUCUGCGCCUUAUCAAAACUCUACUGUCACUGAGUGGGCCAGAAAAGGAAUUGCUUGGACCAUCAUUAAUCAAACAAUUGAUGGAAGACUUCCUGUUCCGUGCUUCAAAAAUUAUCUUGACCAGCAGCAGUCCAGCUGGGAGCUGCUCAAUUAGUCAACAGGAUUUCCAUCCAAAGUGCAGUACAGUCAAUAGUCGUCUUGCCGCUUAUGAAGUGCUGGUUAUGUUGGCAGACAGCUCGUUGAGCAACCUCCAGCUUAUCUCCAAUGAGCUCCUUUCGAUGCACCACCAAUUUGACCCUGCGCUUACAAAGGAAUUUGAGUACUUGCCACCUGUUGACAGUCGUGCCAUCUCUGGGUUUGUUGGUUUGAAGAAUGGAGGAGCCACAUGCUAUAUGAAUGCAGUGUUCCAGCAACUCUACAUGCAGCCUGGGUUACCAGAAGCAAUGUUGUCAGUAGAUGACGAUGAUGAUGAGAAUCCAGAAGAAAAUGUAUUUUAUCAAGUUCAGUCCCUCUUUGGACACCUGAUGGAAAGUAAAUUGCAAUAUUACGUCCCAGAGACCUUCUGGAAGAUUUUUAAAAUGUGGAAUAAAGAGCUGUAUGUGCGUGAGCAACAAGAUGCAUACGAGUUUUUUACUAGUCUGAUAGACCAGCUGGAUGAGCACCUUAAGAAACUCGGACGUGAACAAUUUUUUAAGAACACUUUCCAGGGUAUUUUCUCUGACCAGAAGAUCUGCAAAGAUUGUCCUCACAGGUAUGAACGCGAGGAAGCAUUCAUGGCACUGAACCUGGGAGUAACAUCAUGCCAAAGCCUGGAAAUAUCGCUAGAUCAGUUUGUAAGAGGCGAGGUGCUUGAAGGAGGCAAUGCAUACUACUGUGAGAAGUGUAAAGAGAAGAGGACAACAGUGAAGCGGAUGUGCAUCAAGUCUCUGCCAAGUGUGUUAGUCAUCCAUUUAAUGAGAUUUGGCUUUGACUGGGAGAGUGGGCGUUCUAUCAAGUAUGAUGAGCAAAUACGGUUUCCUUGGCUUCUAAACAUGGAGCCAUAUACUGUGUCUGGAAUGGCACGGCAAGAGCACUCUUCUGAACAUGGUGAAAAUGGCAAAGCAGGUGAUCACAUGGGUGGCGGCUCUCCAAGAAAGAAAGGUGCCCCAACUGAAAACUAUGAGCUGGUUGGAGUGAUUGUUCAUAGUGGUCAGGCACAUGCUGGACACUAUUACUCAUUCAUCAAGGACAGGAGGGCUGGUAGCAAAGGGAAAUGGUACAAAUUCAAUGAUACAGUGGUAGAAGAGUUUGAUCUAAAUGAUGAGACGUUGGAGUUUGAAUGUUUUGGUGGAGAGUACAGACCGAAAGUCUACGAUCAAUCAAACCCUUAUCCUGAAGUCCGCCGCAGGUAUUGGAAUGCCUACAUGUUAUUUUACCAGCGAAUGUUAGACCAAAAUUCUCCAGUUUUACCAAAGAAAAGUCGAGUUAGUGUUGUUCGACAGGAGGCAGAGGACUUAUCCUUAUCUGCACCCUCUUCACCUGAAGUUUCACCCCAGUCAUCCCCUCGUCCUCACAGACCAAACAAUGACCGCCUUUCAUUGUUGACCAAACUGGUAAGGAAGGGAGAAAAGAAGGGACUCUUUGUGGAAAAAUUGCCAGCCAGGAUUUACCAGAUGGUACGAGAUGAGAACUUGAAAUUCAUGAAAAACAGAGAUGUUUUCAACAGUGACUACUUCAGUUUCAUGCUUUCUUUGAUUUCACUCAAUGCAACUAAACUGAAGCAUCCAAUGUACCAAUCCAUGGCAAAGAUUGGCAUGAAGCUUGCCAUCCAGUUUCUCUUUCAAACCUAUUUGCGAACCAAGAAAAAACUCAGGGUGGAUACAGGAGAAUGGAUAACCCUCAUCGAGAGGUUGCUUACAAGCAGUUGUGAUGCCUGUCAAUGGCUAAUUGAAUUCCUAGUUGGGUCUGAGGGUCGAGAACUGAUAAAGAUUUUCCUUCUGGAGUGCACUGUUCGAGAGGUCAGAGUCACUGUUGCUACCAUUCUAGAAAAAGCCCUCGAGAGUGCUCUGCUUUAUCAGGAAAAGCUGAAAGGAUUGGACCAGCUGCUGGAAGUGCUGCUUGGCUUACUGGACAAGGAUGUAGCCGAAAAUUGCAAAAACUGUUCCCAGUACUUCAACCUCUUCAACAACUUUGUGCAAAAGGGUUUCAAGGCCUGUCAGCUCUUAUUCAAACACUCUGCAUUUAAACGAAUGCUUUGUUUUCUUCUGGGUCCAUCAAGGCAGAACAACCAAAGUCGGCGCUGGAGUUCUGCACAGGCCCGUGAAUUCUGGUAUCUUCAUAUCACUUUGGCAUCACUCGUCCUACAUACAGACAUUUCAUCCCUACUCACAGUUGAUCCCGGGCAGUACAAAUGGCAUUCACCAACUCCACAGGUACCUUUACACCAAGAUGUAGAAACUCUCUUCAGACCUGAAGGACAAGCUUACCUACUUGAGGUUAUGUAUGCUAUGCGAGAGCUGACAGGAUCUUUGUCUGUGCUUUCUGAGAUGGUGACUUACUGCUGUUUCUGCAAUGAACAUUUCUCAUUGGUGCAGGCGCUACAGACCAUUAAGAUCCAACUGGAGACAGCUCCACCUCACGAACUGAAGAAUAUCUUCCAAUUACUACAUGAAAUCCUGGUUAUUGAAGAUCCAUUGCAAUCUCGCCGGCUGAAGUUUGCUUUUGAGUCGGAGAAAGGACUUUUAGCCCUGAUGCACCAGAGUAACAAUGUUGACAGCAGCCGCUGCUAUCAGUGUAUCAAAUUUCUGGUACUAUUAGCUCAGAAAUGCUCAGCUGCAAAGGAUUACUUUCGUGAACAUCCCCAUCACUGGAGCUGGGCUGUGCAGUGGUUACAGAAAAAGAUGUCUGAACAUUAUUGGGCACCGCAGAGCAACAUAUCGAAUGAAACCUCAACUGCAAAGACAUUUCAGCGCACAAUUUCAGCACAGGAUACAUUAGCCUAUGCUACAGCCCUUUUGAAUGAAAAGGAACAAUCUGGGAGCAGUAAUGGUUCAGAAGGCAGCCCAGCUGCAGAGAAUGGAGAUAGAACUCUUCGACAGGGCUCAGAAUCACCAAUGAUGAUUGGUGAAUCUAAAAGUGAUCUUGAUGAUAUGGAUUCGUAAAGAAGACUGGAAAUUCCUUUGGACAAUGCUUGGUGUCAAUUAACUUUAUUAGUGCUGAAUGACUUGGCACCAUAUCAGAUGGCUUUGGGCACCAUUCGAUCGGGGGAAGGUGCACAGACUCCCAGGUUGCAGAUAGCAGGCACUGUUAUGAAGCGAACUUUGCCAAGAGUUAAAGCUCAAGACUUAAUGCAAGUCUCUCUUGUUCUUUGAAGAUUUUGUAUGGAAAAGGAUAAUUUGAUUGUGCUUGUGAAUAUUCAAAAAAGGAAGUUUUUAUCUAAUGCUUUCAGUAGUAACUGCGGAGGAUUUGAUUAAGAUUUUCAUACAAUCUUGGUGAAAGAAGAGCUUGUUAAUUUGUGUAUAAUAGUCCCCAGAGUUUGGAGUAACAAAAUCCUUUGUGGUACUGCGUUAUAUAGAUUUAAUUUUAUUUGUAUAAUACAGCAUCUGGUAAAUCUGUUCACAUUAGGUUACAAUAAUUGUUUGUUAGAAUAUUUAAUAGGUUCCAGGUGCUUUUGCAAAGAGGAAUCUUGGUUAACAAGAAUGUACUCUGUACAUGAGUGCAUCUAUUGUGUUACCUUUUUUAACUGCGGCCUGGAAUGUUAUUAAAUAUUAGAUUAAUCCUUUAAUAAAGGCAACACACAUUUUGUUUUUUAAAUUCAUAUGACCAGCUGCCAUUUUCCAAUGAGAUUGAUGUUAACAAUGUAUAUUUUGCUUUGAGGAGCUCAAAGUCUAAUCUUUAUGGUCAUUUAUGCAAUAGAUGUUAGAAUUUUAGUUGGUGAGAUAUUAACUAUGUUUCAUUACAAUGACGUAAGUCACCAUUAUUUUGAUCGCACCAUAAAUUUGCAUUGCUUCUGUUUUUAAGAUGGCCUUAAUUUGUUUUAGAAUCACAUUUUGACACCUUUUAUUAUAGAAAUAGAAUAUGUAAUGGGCAAGUGUGUAAUAUUUACUUGGCAAAUUCACCUACACUAGUAAAUUCGUGCAUGUUGUUUUGCAGUUUCUGACGCUACCAACCCAGUAAAUGAUGGGAGAAGAAUGCACCUACAUGCAGCUCAUGGGAUGUAUAAGAAUCACUUAUCACUGGGUUAGACAAUAUUCAUGACAUCAAGCAGUUUGUAACCAUGACAGGGUCCUGACAGAUUCAGUGAUUUCAUUUCAGAGGUUCUUAAAAGAAUUUAUAUUUCUCCUUUUUUACAUAACAUCUGCAGCUAAUUAAGCAGAUGACUUGGUCCCACAUAAUGCUGCAGACUAAACUGCCCGAAACUUUCUUCCUCCUCUCUGGAAAAUCCUUUGAAUCUUUCUGUGGCACAGAUAAGAUGAUCUUACGUGGUAAGGAAUUACUGGCACAUGCAACCAUAUAGAGAUGUAGAACACAGCUCAAGCUCUUGCACUGUACCUGAGUAUUAUUUAUUAGAAUAUAUAGUCUCCCUUGCGUCAGGUGGAUCCUGGUUUGCAGUAUGUCCUAUAACACAUUCUUACAAAAGGGUUAUCAUUUGUGGCUUAAUGAUUUAAAGUUUUAUUGACUAAUUACUAUCAGCUUUUAAUAUAACCAGCGACCUUAUUGGUAUUGUGCACUUGUCCAUUACAUAGUUGAGUUUGUGGUGAGACGGUCAAAUUAUCAGUGAUGGUUACUUGGUUUUCUGAAUAAAAGGGAAGGGAAAAGAGGGACAAAUUAUCUAAUGUCAUUGGAGCAUUUAUAGUAUAACCCCGGAAUGUCUUUGACAUUAUCACUACAGCAGAAGCUUGACAUGAAUUGAUAAAUUAACAUAGGAAACUUAAAUCAUUUUUUGUAUAAUGGACCUUGCACAUCAGCAUUUCCCAUUGUAGUUGGAGAGAAGUUAUCCAUUUCUUCCUUGGCUUCUGUUUGUUGAGUUGAAGUAUCAACUUGUAUUUACUAUGCAUUAACCCAUAAAGGUUUGACAGAGAUUCUCAGCAGUUUCCAACCAGGGAAGAAGUUGUUUCUUAAGUUAGUAACCCCAGUGGAAAUAAAAUUUAUUUAUAUUGGAAAAAAUUUAGAUUUGCUAUGAUAAUUCAUAAACUUGUAUAGGAAGGGUCAUCAAAAUGUAUUGUGAUAUUGGUUCUGAAAAGAACAAUGAAUUCCCAGUCCCACUUGGACUGAAAUCAGACUGACAGGUUCCCACCUAAUUCGUACUCAAUAGCCACUUUAAAGCAAUUCUGUAUUUAUAACUAGGUCUUUUAUAAGAGAUCAAUGUGGUGUGAAAACCUUUAUACAACUAACUUUCAAAAAAUCCUGUGUCUCAAAUUUGGCAGAUUAGAUAUUAAAUCAUAUUCACAGUUUUUCAUCUUUUAAAAUGCAAUUAAAUUGUUGCAUGUCAUUCAUAAGAGACAUGUUUCUUGUCAACUUUGAUUGAACAGUUUAUAUUUUAAAUCUCCUCCUCCUAUUGCAGUGCCAGAGUAUCUGGAUAUUUUAACAUCUUUAAUCAUCCCCACACUACCAAGUUUUGAUUUGAGCUAACAACGAGCACAAAACUACACUAGAAAUAUUUGACUUUGUUUCGAGGGCAGUAAUCUUUAGCCAGUAUAGAGUCAUUAAGGUGAACCUCAUGCAAGUGGAUUUGUGAGAAAUUAUAUUUAGGGCAAUGUGUUUGUCUGCUGAAAUGAAUUCAGAAAUGAGCAGCUGAACUGGGGUUGCUACUUAAGCAAUAUUUUAUCUAAACAACUUCAGAUUAUACAGUGCAUUAAUCCCUUCAAUAGCCCAUGGAAAAUGCAGAAUGGGUCAUAUAGUAAAGCACUAUUUCCUGGUUAGGUUUUUAAGAUAUUUGUACAAUGUUCAAUAAGUGCAUUUUUUUAAGUUGCAGUUUGCUUUGUUAAAAUAUAUGUUGAGUAGCUUUUAAUCAAAAUAUUCACUUCUGUCUAGAAAUGUUGUUGGCUAACUUGCAAUCAAAUUCAUUUUUAGAUUAUAAGCAGGCUAUGGUUAAUUUAAACACCCAACCAAUGUGAACCUUUAUGUUAAUUGCAAACAAUGGUGGAGGUAGUAGAAUGAACAAAAAUACAAAUGCAGCAUCCUGGAGACAUUCUGACCUACGUUUAGGUUUAUGCAGGUAAGGGUUAAGAGCAUUUUUUUUCUUCAGUGUAGUUGAAACUUAUUGGAAAUCUGAAGAUAUAUUUGUGGAUUGACUACAGCAUCGCUCUUGCUACUGUAUUUCAGGCUGAAUCUGCCGAAAGGCUAUCAUAGAAUAUUACAGUAAGAUUAAUGUAAAUUACCUCCUGGGAAUCACUGGAAACCAAUGAGAUUGUGUGGGCUGAAUUGUGUAAUGAGUGAAUGUGUGGUGAGUGGGAUGCACACAAGUCGCACUUGGUGUCAGUAUCCCACCACUGCUUUAUUAGCCUCCAUUUUGUGCCAGUUUAUGAAUUGCUUGGAAGUGCAGGAGACUUUUUAAUUUGUCCUUUUGUAUGCAAGGUUUUUGUUGCCAUAUGUUAAUGAAUAGGCCUUUGAUCUUCUGCCUUACUAUACAGUCACAGUAUACCAAGAGUAACACAUCUUGGGGGUCAGGCUUUCAUCAGAUGACAAUGUCCAGUAUGGACCACCAAGCCAAAGGCACGGAUGGCCACAAGUGCCUUUUUAUUAUUUUUGCUGGAUCUCAAAAUAGUUUUGGCACAUUAGCCACCUGGUAGUGAGAGUGCUGGUUGGUUAGGUUCUAGCCUGGUUGUCUUUUGAAAUAUUCAUUAGCAGUAUACCUGGAGGAGCUGUACAAUGGUGUCAGUUGCAAAUUGCCAACAUCUACUUCAAUAAUCCUAAUGCCAAUGAGCAAAAAUGCUCGCCAGAGCCAAAAUCCUUGUUGUUUUAUGGUAUGGCUUCAAAUGAGGGCAUUGGUGGGGUAGAUACAAGAUUUGUUCUGCUGUAAUUUGGCAUGGGCAAUGAAGUGGUUAGCAUUAGUUAAAAGUUACUAAUAUUUCAUUCCACACACUUUUGUGUGCAAGUGUGUGUUUAUCAGUGAGGAAUCUUAUUGCUGAGAAAUGAUUUUGUUCAUUUUUGCCAUCUGUCAUCUUUAGGGAUGGCCAUAUCAGCAGAGUCCAGAGGUGGAAUUAAAAUCCAUCCGCUGUGCUUGAAACUGUCUUGUUCAUAGUCUCCGAAAAGUAUCCCUUAGAGUACCAGUAUGCAUUUCUAUUUUCUAUAUAGAUCUUUCUGAGUGAGCUUCACAACCUAAAGCCAGCUUUGACUAGGUUCUGAGCAGUUCUGCAAGACGUGCACAUGCACAUUAUGAACUAGCUUUGAGAGUUUUUCCAAAGUAAAUUCAUGUGAUAGUCUUUCGUUCACCAUGGAGGUUUUUGUUUAAUCCAUUUUGGAGCUGGAUUUGAAUCAAGGUUAUUGGUGGAUGGUGUUUCAGUCUCUUUGAUUACUUAUUCCAGGGAGCAUUGCAUUUUUUGGCUAAGUACUCAGUUAUGGAUUUUGGGUAGUUGCAUGAGAAAUUUCCUCUUUCCUGCUUCCCAUGAAACCUUUGUUAUUUCCCUUUGAUUCAUCCCUGUAAGCACAGUGAGGUUGCCUACCACCACACUUCCCCAAUAUUUUAGCCAUUUGAGAUAGCUACUAGGGAAUUAACAAGUAUGACAGAGGCUACUUUUUCCCUCUUAAUGGAAGGACACCUAUUCAUUCUUGCUGCUUUUAAUCAACCUCCGGUUGCCAUACACAGACCGCAGAAGCUGAAUUUCAGAUUGAGUCACAUGUUAGUUUACCAAUAGAGAAGCUGCACUAAAUAAUGUAGUCUAGCUUCAAGUAACCUAACCCUGAAGGCCCAGGCUCUUUAGGCAUUAGCAUCACUGCUUUAAUGUCUUUUUUUUUAAUUCAAAAAAAAAACCAGUAAACAAACUCUACAAGUGUAAUUUGCAGCAUUUUUUAUCAACCAAUUUAAUGUUUUCUUUUCACUUUAUUAAAUAGCUAAUAUAUAAUGGCAAUCAACUUUCUGUAAAACAUUAUCAAAAUAAUUUUGGUAAAACUAUUUGAACCACCAAAACAGACUAAUUUUGGCUCAAGAAUAAACAUCACAAUGUUAGUUCUCAACUGAAAAUAGUCCCUUUCAUUCUCUAAAAGGGCACAUUCCAGUUCAAAGCCUCUAUCCUUCAAUAAAUAUGACCACAAAUUGGAUAACCAGAGAUUGACAUCUUCCUUACUUUAAAAGCUGAAUCUCCAGUUCUACUCACAUCCAGGGCAGAAAACUGGAUCAUACUGCUAAUAUAUCAUCCAAAUGGGUUGGUACACUAAAUAUCCUAACUAACAAAAGCAUUAUUUCUAUCCACCAUUAAAACACCUCUGUUUGUACUAGUCUGAUCGAAUGGGCAUAAAAGGACAGACUUGGAAUCAAGUCUUGGGGAUCUUGCAGUGACAUGCUAGUUUUAGUUGUCAAGUUCUGCAUAAACCGCUUUUUUAAGAAGGAGAAUAUUCCUUCUGUGCCUUACCAAUCAAAUAUCUCUUUUUAGCCCUGUAUAGCUCCUCUACAGUUAACUGAAGAUGGCUCAAAGAAUAUGGUUGAAACUUUUUAACCUUAGUACUAAACUUUUAAGUAGUUCUGCUUUUUCAUGGAGUCUGCAAACAAAACCUCCUGUGAGUUUCAUAUCAUUCAUAAAUGCCAUUUUUAAUUCUGACUAGUCUUUCCUUGGCUCCCUGCAGUACACCACAGUAUUGUAAAUAUUCAUUUCUAGCCUUCCAGUUAAUAGUUUAAAUUUUCGCAUAACAAAACAAUCUUGAUGAUUACUGUUGUGCUAUCAUUGUCGGCAAGGUAAGCAUGAACUAACUGAGGAAAAUUAAUGUUGUGGCAGUAUUGUGACUUGCAGGAUCACCCCACUCAUCUCAGCAUUUGAAUGUGAUACCAUAUAUGUCAUAUAACGUAACAUCUGAGAAACAGGUGGGACCAUUGAGUUAUGUUUCUGAAUUAAAUUUUAAAGUAUAUUCUUUAGUCUUAUUCUGAUAGAAAUCUGUAAAUAGUACUGAGGGUUAUGUUACACCACUGAUUCCAAUUGUAAUACUGUAACCUAAAAGCAACAUUCUCUCACCAGUGAGUGUGCCUAGAUGCUAGUCAACAUCUUCAAGAAGUUAAAGGUGACCAUAAUUCAGCAUUUUAACCUAUUGUAGCAAAAUGGGAAUUAAAUCAUUUUUCCAAGUCUUUUUUUUAAUACAAUCAUGUGGGGAAGGGCAAAUGGUGAUGUGCCUGGUGUAACAGCCAACUUAGUGCUGAAAUGGUCACCCAUCACAAUUUGAAUGCCAUCAGGGCAGACGCAAGAGGGACAAAAUGGAGGAUUCAUGAAGGGCUAUGCUAAGUGCAAUAGGGUUUUUUUUUCAGGUCCUACAGACAGCCUCGAAUAGCAGUAUCUACUGAACCCAAAUACAAUAAGAGAAAGCUUAUCAUAGUUUUGAUUUAAUGACCACUUAAAAUACUUCUUAAUUUUUUUGAAUGUAUUAGGAAGCCUAUGAUGCUAAUUUUGUUUACACAAAGUUGUAACCAAUAAUCAUUUCAUUUAAAAGACUGCAAUAAGUAUGUUGCAGUGUCUUGUCAGAAGGGGGGCAUAUUCCUCUGACAUUUAGAAUUUUAAGACAUGUAUACUUUCCUGUGCCAUUGAUCUUCCUUGUGGUUAUAUUUGCUAUUUGAGGGCAUAUUGUUAUGCAAAAAAAAUCCUUUUAGAUUUCCAACAUUGCAAUGAAAGCAGUUUUGUCAUUUAAGAUGCAGUUCCCCAUUGGUGUUAAAUCUUAUUUGAAAAGAUGUUUCAAAUAAAACUAGGCAUUGAAAUGUUUGGAUGGAUGUGAUGUAAGUUUAUGAAUAUUUGCCUUCAAAAUAUUUUACAGAUAAAUAAUGAAAUGUUGGUCUUUGUGACAAACUUUUUUUUUAAAUCCUCCUAUUGUACGCUCUUUCAUGGCUGCCUCUCUGAAAUGACCUGAUUCUGUGAAAGAUGUGUUUGGUGUUGUGAAGAAUGCUUAACUCUUUAUCCAUACAGUUUUUUUUUUAAAAACCUGUGUGGAAUAUCCCCUUGGACUCUGAACAUAAGAGGAGGAAGAGAGUAACAAAAAUCCAGUCCAUCUGAUAUAGAUUGCAUGUUUGAUCAAUAUCUGAUUAAUUGGUCAUGGUCCAUAAAGAAGCUGACUCUUAAAAGGGCUAUAGCUCUUUGUGGAUGAUGACCUGAAGGGUCAAGGGAGAAAUGAAUUUGUUCUUUAGUCUAACAAGCAAAAAGUGCAACCAGUAAGUCUUUGUCCUUUAUUCCUAAACACCAGUGCUCAACAAACAAUGGUGCAUUGUCCAUGUGUGUUACAGUUAAAUUCUGUAUUGCCCAGGGAAUGUUUGUAUGCUGUAAUGUCGAUCUUUUUUUAAUAAAAAAAGAUACUGAAAGUAACUUAAAAUAAAAUGAUUUUAAAAGAUGCAGUCCCACUUUGUAUCCUGGUUUUAAUGUGAAAAGUUCCAGGCAAACAGCAAAGACUUUAUAAAACAAGUAAUCUGUCAGUAAAAUGAUGCACGUGUGAACCCAGAUAAAUUUAAUAAAUUUUGCUUUGUGAACAUGCUUAGCAUUUAUCUUUGGUAAACUUUUCUUCGUGCACUUUUACCUUUUUUGUCUAAGGUUUAACCUCACGUAGACAGUGUCUG